GGGAGGGGUCUGAUUAACUUUAAAAGAGCGCGCUAAUCCCAAGCGAGAGCGUCCUUCCCUCACUUUAAAUACCGAGUCGCACACACUGAGUUCGUGCUUGGACGACCUCUCUCUCUUUCUGGGAUAUGGAUUUCAAUCUAGUUGGGAACUUGCAGCUGUCUAACAAAGAAGUAACAGAAAGAGAACCUGUCGGAGUAAGUGAGCAGGGAAAAAUUCUUAAAGAUGUCAGUGUACAAGUGAGUCCUUCCAGCUCAACUGAGAAGACAAGACUACCUAGUAUUCAGAGUAUAAAUCCUAAGCCCAGUCUCCCAAGUGUGCAGCUACUGAGUAACUCAAAGAAAACCAUCUCUACCCGGAAAGUUUCCAACUGUAGACUUCGUAGACCUUGUAUGGUGAAUGUCAUGGAACUUGAAAUUCCUUCAGCAAAGGAAACUGAUGGAAAUGCUGAAAAGGCUGAAGCAUAUACCAAGGCGCUUAAAGGUGACAAUUCCUUUAGCGGCAAAGGUACCACAAUAGUAGCUCUUAUUGGACGUGAUGCAAUCUAUAUUGGCUCAGACAGUCUUGUUGUUUCCGGGCACCAAGAUGACCUCGAUCAGCCUAGCUACUACCAGCCCCACAUGCCAUGACUCUUCCCAACUCUGUUGCCAUUUGGUUGCGGAAUCCAACAAAUAUUAUAACAGCCUGCUGCCCUUCCCAGCUAUAGAGCCCAAUAGUUGAAGGGAAAUGUUCAUCCUUAUUUUCCUCUUUCUUCUUUCUCUUCCACUCAUCAAUAUACCUCUCACAUGCUGCUUUCACAGUGUAUAUAUUAUCCUCAAUCUCCACUUCAUUUUGUACCGUCCAUAACAAAUCCUGACAUAUAGCAGCAUU